AUGCUCGGCCUUCUUCCAUUGGAGCUCAACACCGGACCCUGGACCAGAAAGUCGUCAUCGCUGUGCUCUCUGCUGCUGCUGCUCACCAUCGCCACACUUGCAGUUCCCGGACAGGUCAACAGCGAAGAAGUCGGACUCGGCAAGCACACAAAGAAUGGAGAAAAUGUGAUGCUCACCGCCAACACCGUAACUUCUGACAGGGCGGGCAUCGACCUUGCUAGUCAUAACUUCAAGGAGUUGUAUCCGGACGCCUGUGAUGUUACAAUUAAAGACGGCUACAUCGAGCUUCGGUACAAGAAAGGCAGCAAGGGAUGCACUGUGGACUUGCUCAGCACCGACUCGUCGAACAACAACAAGAUCAAGUUCAAAGCAGGAGUGCGAGGGAAUGCAGAUGGAAAACUCAACGAUUGUCUUGAUGCGGGUGCCUCAUUAGAGCAAAGCUAUAGCAACCUUCUGCCUUUCGUCUACAGCGUCGAUAACAAGGGCAUAGAAGAUCUCAACAACCGUCAAUACAACGAUUCAGGAGCAGAGUGUAAAAGAGGUGCUUGCAAAGACAUUGAUGGAAAAUGCAAGCGUCAUACAUCACUUCAAGUCUCAUGGAGCCAAUCGGAUGGAGAGGUCUAUGCUCACACAUAUCUAAUUGGUGAAAAUAACAAAGGCUUGAGUCAGUCCAAGAAGCCGGAGGGUGAGAGUAUGACUCUAGACUUGGUGAUAAGUACUGCGAGCGGAUUCACGAUGGAGUAUGCAAAGGACGAGGGAUUCGAUGCUUCGACUAAAGCUGCUUGCGUUCACAGGUCAACUCCACUCUUCGAACCCAAAACAUGGAAGAUCACGAAUGAUGGGGAGUUCAAGGACAAACACCUGCUCGUUUUCAGCCUGCUUCGGCAGAAUGCUUCGUAUACCUACAAAGACAGCAAGUUGGCAGUACCUCCAAAUGGACCGGAGUGUGAACUCUUCAUUCAGUUUGUGAGUUUUGCAAUUUUAAGACCAUUUUGUAAUCCUAUAAUCUUUGUGACCCUUCAAGUAAUUUUGUUUUUCCUAGGAUGUAAACUACUACAAGAUGCUCAUCGUCACUCUUCAAACGACAACGCCACCGACCACUUCAACGACCACUGA